UGCAUCUUCCCACAGUGUAUACUUUCUGAAUCAGUGAACACGGAUACAUUUAAGUUACAUCGCGCACAUACUAUCUUGCGUUUAACUUCUGAGUUCAUUAGUGGUUUUAGGAGGAUUCGAGAAGACGAAAUCAAUAAACCACUGUUUGCGUUUGUUGCUGUAGAAUUGAAGUAUUCUGGUAUUUGUAGUGGUUUCUAGACGCUUGUACUGAAAAUAUGUCCAAAAAGAAGGACGCUGAUAUUCUGACGAGAUAUUCUCAUGGUCAGAUAAGAGAGUUACGCGAGGCGUUUAAGCUAUUCGACAAGGAUGGUGAUGGCUCUAUCACCGCCGAUGAGCUCGGGACAGUACUGAGGAACCUGGGUCAGUUCCCCUCCACGGACGAACUCGACAUGAUGCUUAAAGAGAUCGACAUUGACGGUGACGGCACGUUCAGCUUCGAGGAGUUUGUUCAGGUGAUGGCCAAUAUGGGCGGCUUGUCAGAGCAUACUGAGGAGGAUGAGGAGAAGGAACUCAGACAGGCGUUCACGGUAUUUGACAAAACCGGAUGUGGCUAUAUCUGCGCGUCUGACAUCCGGGCAAUUCUACAGUGUCUUGGCGAGGACCUUACAGAGGACGAAAUUGAUGAGAUGAUUGCGGAAGUGGAUAUUGAUGGGGAUGGCCGCAUAGAUUACGACGAGUUCAUCGCAUGUGUCUGCAGCGACACCUACAAGGGUAAGGAGGGACCGGAUGCUCCUAAAUCAGAGCAAACGACCGAGGUUUCAGUGUCCUCCAUUCGACCCGCCGGGACCAAGGGAAUCUUUGAGAGAAACGCCGACCCAAGUACUUCCCCCGCUCAAGACGGCCCGGAAUAGAUACGCACCUGCAGUUUUUAAUCAACACUUUAAUUGUAGCUUAUUACUUUUUUAAAGCUGAAAUUCAACCAAGAAGUUCUAAGCAAUAACAACACAUGAAACGCUAUCUUGUUAAUAUUGGAUUGACUGACACACAUGUUUUCACGAUUUGGAGAGAAAUGUGUAAACCAAGCUAUAUGUAUAAAGCCAAAGAAGAACAAUGCAUUAUCACGAAUUCUGAACAUUUCGUAUACCAGCAAAUGUGCGAUAAAUUCGACAUUUAAGAACAAACAAAUACAUACAAAUUAUCGUUGGAAAUGUCGAUUAUGUUUUAUUUAUAUUACCGAUAUGUGUGUUUUCUUUAGUAUUGCAAAACGCGUACUUGACGAGUACAAAUGUAAAGACCCACUAAGUGUACAAAUAUCGUUUUAAUGAAAACCAUUUCAAUAAAAUUAAAAGUAACACAA